AUGGCUCCGACGCUGAGAACCAGGGGCAACGCGCAAGCCUCGAAGACUGUUGCUAGUACUGGAAGUAAGAGAAAACGAGGUGGAGCUUCAGCUACACAUGCGGAUCCGGCGCCAAAGAAACGGAAAGGGGAGAAGACAGCGGAUGCUGUUUCCGACAAACGAACAGCUUGCCAGAAAGCUGCUGAUGAUGAGGCGACAGCGGACGCUGUUCCAGACAAACGCACAGCUACCCAGAAAGCUGCUGAUGACGAGGCAAAAGCCAAGGAGUUCCGCAUCAAGUUCUAUCCGGAAUUCUACCCACCGCAUCCAGGAGAUGUCCCCGAAGAACAUCAGAUAAAGUUCAAGCAUAUUCAGCAACUGGGCAAGAUGAGCUACGAGUCGUAUGCGAUACAACCUCGACCCGACGCCAUCGACAAGCCAUGGGAGCUCGAGAACAAGAAGCGGGCUAAGCAGAUGAUCUACUGGGCUGUUCGAUCGAGAGAUGAUUACCAGAACGAGGAUGGCUGGAGAAUGGAACUUGAGCCUUACGUCUUUGAGCGUUUUAAGAUCGAAGUUGGAUGUCUUAGUACAGGACUGACCGAUAUCUUCACUUAUCGUAUUGGCGAGCGAAGCUUCAUCCAGAACGACCCAGAGAAUCGCCAUCGAAUUGAGAAGAAGCCUGAUCGAAUCUACGGACUAAGAACUACCGAAGCCAUGGCGGAGAGUUUGCAGCAACUACACAUUACCCACUUGGAAGAGAACACUGCGCUCAAAUAUCUGUCUAAGAGACUGACUAUGAGCUGCAAUCCAGACGGUGGUGACCAACCCUGUAUAUACCCUUUCCUAGCGAUGGAAGCCAAAAGCCUCAAAGGCGAUGGCAAUUGGAAAGACAUCGAGACGCAAACGGCAAUACCGAUACGAAAUCAUCUGUACCUACAGCUCCAACUCCAAGAUGACCAGGACAACAAGAUGAAGGUGCCAGGAGGCCCACUAUCUUGGUUUCUUGCGCACAUUGGUGAGCAGUGGAGGGUAUAUGGAUGUUACGUCACGAAGUCCAGUCCAGACAGUCUACCCUGUUACAAAGUCAUCCUCCUAUGGGAGGGGAGUAUAACCCGCCACGAUGCAGCACUCCAAUUGGUUCUCAUCAUGGACUACAUCGUUGAUUGGGCGCGUGAUAUCUACCGGCCCAACAUCAUUCGACAACUGAAGUCUGUAGUAGAUAAAGGGCAGCAGUCUUCCUACACAGUCACCGCUGACCCCGAUAUCCUCUCAAGGACUGGUUAUGCAAACUCUCGGGUUGGCGAUGGACCUUUCGCUGCUAUCAGCAGAGCUGGAACGGCUGAGAUGCCUGCAAAACCAGCUUUUGAUGCAUCGAAAUUCACCGUUGUGCCUUUCCUCAAGCCUGUCUUUGAGAGCACCGGAAAGCAUGUCGAUAUCAAGGUCUGGGAAGGCGACAAGUACAAGUCACGAGUACGAGGACUGUAUAUCACAGGAUGGGACGCUGCGUAUAGGGGCUGGGAUAGAUUGAAAACGGCUCGUAUGGCUCGCUGUUGGUUUCUCUUACCAAACGCCCAGGGCAUUAAAAUCAUCGAGAAGGCUUGGACAGAGACUCAAGAGAUCGAUGACGUGCAGGACCCUUUGGAGCAGAGAAUCUGGAUCUCGCUCUAUGUCCAAUACCGCAAGGACAGUGACGGCGCGCCUAUACGCGAAUUGACGUAUAUUGCGCUUACCGAGUCUGUCGCAAAUACUAUUUCCUUCUUCCAGUACGCGAGACGAGAGCAGCUAGUCGUUACCGCCGAAGAACUCGAGAUCAAGCUGCGCGAAGCCUGGGUAUCGAGCCCCGAAAGCUACUUUCUGCGUUAUGCCAGCGGUCAUACCAACGUACUUUGCGCCACUGCAUCUGAAUAUACAGGUGAGAUCGUCCUUAGCUUUCACAGCUACAGCGAGAUCACGCCGUGGGCUCGAAGCCUAGAUCAUUUCAUCAAGAGCACUUGCGAGAACCCACGAGCGGAGUAUGACAAAGCUUACGCACCGUGUUUUCGAGAUACCAAGGCCAUCCAUUCGCUUAUGUUGAAGCCCUAUUGUGUCUCAGAUCCUACCCAAAACUGUGUUUUCAUCAACGCAGCGGCGAUCAAGAAUGCAGCAGCAAUUUCCACCGGAAUAUGCGCCUACAUCACGAAUCCAGCAUCUGAAGAAGUCGACGCUACAUGGGUGAUCAAGCAUCUUGUGCAGAUGAUAAGGGUACUCUGGGACUGCAAAAGGGAAGAUAGAAAACACAUGUUCCAUACAGGAACGGGAUCUGUCGACAAUAAGAUUCUAAUCUGGAUUGCGUCAGAUCCUCAAUGGGAUCUGUACGCUGCAAUCAAGCCUACAUUGACAAUGCCUCGUUUGAACAGAGUCCAUGAACAUCUGGCGUGGUUCCGCAAAGCGUUACUCAGACACAAAUGUGGAACAAGUUAUCAAGGUUUGGAUUGGUCCAGAGAUGGGUACAAAAACGUUCAACGCAACAUUCAGCUCGCUUGCAAGAACUGCUCUCUCGAGUUAUCGCCGGCUUCUGGAGUCCCUGUAUAUCAUUACUCCGACGAAGACUUCAUGCCAAAAUAG